AUGAGGAGAAGCGCUUUCGUGCGUUUUCAUCGUCAGCGCGUGGCGGCAUCGUCGUUUGAAUCGUCGUCGUCGUCGUCGUCGUCAUCAUCAUCAUCUGUUGACGUCGACGGAGCGGCACAAACAACAACAACAACAACAGAAACGAUAAAAGAAGAAGAGAGUAAAGGGUUGACCGGGGAAACGCUCCAAAAGCUGAAACGAGAUUUGACGGAAGACUUGUCGCACUUAUUCGACGAUCGCGGGAUCGAUCCGAAGUUAUACGCCGAAAAUGUCGUCUUCACGGAUCCGCUCUCGAAAUACGAAAGUUUCUCGGGGUACAACUUCAACAUACAGAUGUUGAAAAACGUGUUCAAACCAAUAUAUACGAUGCAUUCGAUCGAAAAGACGAACGAUUUUGAAAUCACGACGCGAUGGACGAUGAAGAUGUACUUACCUUCGUUUCCGUUCUUGUGGAAUCCCGAGCUGACGUUUACCGGGAGAUCCAUCAUGGAGAUGGACCAGAGGUUUCCGCACGAGUGCGUGAAACACGUGGACACGUGGGAUAGCAUCGAGAACCAAACGUAUUUGAGUCCAGAAGCCGUGCAGGAAGUUUUAAAGCAGGUGUUUAACUUUGCGAAGACGCCGGAGAAUUUGAAGACGCCGAAGUACGUGACGUUGAGGAGGUACCGCGAUUUCGAGGUGAGAGAAUACGAGAAAUUUUUCGUCGCCGAGACGACAGUGAACUCAAACACCGGGAGCGCGAAGAUGGAAGAUAGCGAAGCUGGGCAGGCUUUUAACCGCUUAGCUGGUUACAUUUUUGGUAAGAACGAGCAAAACGAAAAGAUGGAGAUGACGACGCCGGUGUUUUCGAAUAAGAAUCAAAAGAUGCAGUUUGUCGUGGAAGAGAGUUCGAAUUCAAUCAAGCCGGUGGACGGUUCGGUGGCGGUGAAAGACCGUGAACGAUUUCUCGUCGCCGUGGCGUCCUUCUCCGGCAUCGCGAACAAAGAAAUCACGGACGAGACUGAAAAAAAGUUGAGAGAAGCCAUGAAAAGAGAAGAAUCCAUAAACGACGGGGUAGAAUUCCUCCCUCGCCGAGGCGACGAGUUCGUCGAGUUGGCGCAAUACAACGACCCGUUCACGAACCCGUUACAAAGACGCAACGAGGUUCUCAUCGCGCUGGAAAAUAUCAGAGACGACUUUAUCGCUUUGGUGUAA